UUGAAGUUCAAUCUAAUAAAUCAUCCUGUGAUAUAAGAUCUCUUUAUAAAAAUGGAAUUUCUUUCGCGCAAAGUAAAGUCAAACGGACAAUUUGACACAAAUCAAUUGAAUGGCGCGCCUGGGGUUUUUGGAAAGAAGCGGAGCGAAACCACGAUGAGUCCAGCGCCCCCCGCGCCGCGCGACAAAACUGUCGCACCAUUCAUAUCUAGCAAGCAGUCGCUCGCUGUUAGUGGAGGGAAGAAUACGUACGAAAUGGAUCGUGAUCGCCUUGGAGUAUGGGGAUGUGGAGACUCGCAGUCCAACAGCCGCCUGUCGGGCCUCGACCGGCUUAAGCACCCUGGACUCAACAAGGGUAUGGCGUUCACAAUAGAGGAACGUCAGGUGAUGGGUAUCCACGGCCUGCUGCCACCCAGGGUGAAGAGCCAGGAGGAGCAGGUGCACUUGUGCAAGCUCUCCAUCGAGCGAUAUGAAGACCCUCUCAACAAGUACAUCUACCUUAUGGGAUUACUGGACCGCAACGAGCACCUAUUCUACCGGUUCGUCGGCGAGAACGUGGCGGACAUGAUGCCAAUCGUGUACACGCCGACGGUGGGGCUCGCGUGCCAGAAGUACGGGCUGGUGUACCGCCGCCCCAGGGGACUUUUCAUCACGAUCAACGACAAGGGACACGUGUACGAGAUGCUCUCCAACUGGCCGGAGACGGACGUGCGCGCGAUCGUGGUGACGGACGGCGAGCGCAUCCUGGGGCUGGGCGACCUGGGCGCGUGCGGGAUGGGCAUCCCCGUGGGCAAGCUGGCGCUCUACACCGCGCUCGCCGGCAUCAAGCCGCACCAGUGCUUGCCCAUCACGCUUGACGUGGGCACGAACAACGAGGCGAUGCUGUCGGACCCGCUGUACAUCGGGCUGCGGCGGCGGCGCGCGCGCGGCGCCGAGUACGACGAGCUCGUGGACGAGUUCAUGCGCGCCGUCGUGCGCCGCUUCGGGCAGAACUGCCUCAUACAGUUCGAGGACUUCGGCAACGCCAACGCCUUCCGCCUGCUCGAGAAGUACCGCGGCAAGUACUGCACGUUCAACGACGACAUCCAGGGCACGGCGGCGGUGGCGGUGGCGGGGCUGCUGGCGAGCCUGCGCCUCACCCGCAAGCGCCUCUCCGACAACGUCUUCGUGUUCCAGGGCGCCGGCGAGGCGUCGCUGGGCAUAGCGGAGCUGUGCGUGAUGGCGAUGCAGGCGGAGGGCACGAGCGAGGCGGCGGCGCGCGAGCGCGUGUGGCUCGUGGACUCCAAGGGGCUGGUGGUGCGCGAGCGGCCCGAGGGCGGCCUCAACCCGCACAAGGAGAGGUUCGCCAAGCCGCUGCCGCCCGUGCGCUCGCUGGCAGAGGUCGUGGACCUGGCCAAGCCCUCGGUGCUCAUCGGCGCGGCGGCCAUAGGCGGCGCGUUCACGCCGGCCAUCCUGCGCGCGAUGGCCGCCAACAACGAGCGGCCCGUCGUGUUCGCGCUGUCCAACCCCACCAGCAAGGCCGAGUGCACCGCCGAGGCCGCCUACUCCAACACCGACGACCGCGCGAUCUUCGCGUCGGGCUCGCCGUUCCCCGCGUACCGCGCCAAGGACGGGCGCGAGCUGCGGCCGGGGCAGGGCAACAACUCGUACAUCUUCCCCGGCCUCGCGCUCGGCGUGCUGUGCGCCGGCAUCGUCGACAUCACGGACGACUUCAUGCUGCUCGCCGCCGAGGCUCUCGCUGAAAUUGUCUCCGAUGACGAUCUGAGCCACGGCAGUCUGUACCCGCCGCUAGAGGACAUCCAAAACUGCUCAGUCAAGAUCGCCAAGAAGAUUGUUGAUCACGCUUACAAGACGGGUAAAGCUACAGUUCUGCCACAGCCCAUAGACACGGAGGCGUUUAUUCGCGCCCAAAUGUAUGACGUGAGGUAUUCUCCCGCCAUUCCGCCCGUCUACAGCUGGCCGGACGACGGGCCCACCGUGCAUCAGAUGUAGAUAGUCUGUGCUGCAUGAGUCUAUAAUGAAAUCCAA